UUCGACGAGCAUGGGCAGCAAGCCCAGUAAUCCACCGGUUGAACUCAAAGCUCUGACCAGAGAAUCCUACCCCCAAGCCCGUCAAAUCAGCUAAUGGCUAAGCCUGUACCAGAGCUUUGCUUUCACCAGCUUCCCAGCAGUGAUCUGUAUCGCCGAUUUCAUAAGACCUCAAUGAUUAUUCAGCCCCAUCGCCUGGAAUGCAGACAUUGGAUUGAAAAGAUCGUAUCUUUCUGGAUCAGGGUACUUUGCUUCACUUCUCCGUUGACCCGGGUGACCAAACGGGCUGUUUCUUUGCUGAAGAUUUCCGGACUCGCGAGUACCGGUCCUUUGGCACAAGUUUGUCGAAUGCCUGAUGCCAAGGAAGUGGUGGGCUUAUCAGACGAAAUAUUUCUCCAAGUAUUCACACUCCGCGGGCUUUAUAAUGAAGGAGAUGCGAUACGCAAUUUUCCUCCUUCAGCAGCAUCCUCCAACAUAUCUCCGAAGGUUCGCGAAACCAAUGCGCACCACACGUCGUUCCAGGUGGCCGAUUUUGAUACCCAGUGGAUGAGUAUCUGGCCAAGAGCCGGUUGGGCCGUUGUCGGUAUGGCCUCAAUGUCCUACAACUCAGGCAAAACCUCAUCCACAAUGACCAACACAAGAAUGCCUCGGAAGCCUAUUCCGAAUGAGUGGAAACCCCGACCAUCCAUCUACCCCAUAGUGAACCGUUCUGUCGCAAACAUAGCAUAUCUCGUAAGCAGCCAUAACCGAGCCUUCAGUCUACCCGUUCCGCCCGAUUCCCGUGAGCAAGUGCCUACUGCAUACGUACGCUCUGAGGGGUCAACUCGGUACUAUCUCGAUACAGCAUGGCUUACUCAACCCCGCAAAUAUCUGACCAGUCAUUAGAGCCCUGCAUAGUAUGUUUUGGGUGGGGGAGAGCCAAUUACUCCGUCCACCGAAUGGACGAAUCGAUCGAUCGGCCGCGAUCAGGUGGGGAGGGACCAGGGUCUGAUUGAUCACUUUUGCCGAGAGGGGUUUACCGUAUGUCAAGUUGCUGUGUAGGUAC